AAUACCCGGACGUGAAUGCAUCGAAACGAGGGUCAGAAUAUCAAGUAUCCUCACUAUAUGACCUGGGGAAGAGGGACCAUGAGCCGUGCGAGAAAUGGAGUCUGGCAGCGAGACGGAUGAGGCGGAGACGGCGCCGCCGAGGGUUCUGGCGGUGCUGACGCAGGUGCUGGAGCGGCUGGUGGCGCGGAACGACAGGAUCGGCCCGGCGGCGGAGCGAUGGCCGGAGAAGGCGGAGGAAGGGUGGCAGAGGCGGCGGCGGGACCUGGCGGCGUUCCUGGGGCCGCGGCCCCCGAGCAUCAGCGUGGGGAAGUACCUGGAGCGGAUCCACCGGUACACCGGGUGCAGCCCCUCGUGCUUCGUGGUGGGGUUCGUGUACAUCGAUCGGGCGGUCCACCGCAACCCGGGAUCCCUCGUCGUAUCGCUCAACGUCCACCGUCUGAUCCUCACCAGCGUCCUGAUCGCCUCCAAGGUCCUCGACGACAUGCAUCAUAAUAAUGCCUUUUUUGCAAGGGUUGGAGGCGUGAGUAAUAUAGAGCUAAAUCGAUUAGAGCUAGAAUUGCUCUUCUUGUUGGACUUUAGAGUUAUGGUGAGUUCACGUGUUUUUGAGAGCUAUUGUUUGCACUUGGAGAAGAAAAUGAUGUGGAGCAUGACUAAUCAAAAGAUCACAAGAGCUAUAUUUGACGAUCCACAAGAUAAUGAAGCAAAGGGAUCAGUAAAUGGCUCCAGACAAAGUUCUUUGUCACCACCACAUCAUUCCAUAGAUUAAUAAUAUUCUGUGAAAUUUUUAGUAGCUUUUAUCCUCAAAUGUUGAAAUAGACAAGCUCAUAUAAAUCAUAUAGAUAAAAGGAAGAAAAGAAAAAACAAAAUGUACUUAAUGGGAUGGACUUUUUUUUCGCCAUUGAAAACUUAUAUAAAUGGAAUAGAAAUAAGAGAAAAGUAAUUGAAAAGAGGAAA